AUGUCAGGAAUGGUUGCGGGGGAAGGUGAAGAGGGCCAGAUUCCUCGUGUUCUCGGCCAUGUCGAGGAAAGAGCUGGACGACGUGUUUCUCGGGAUGCAGGGAGCGCAGACAACAUGCCGAAAGAGACACACCAGUUGCCGUCUCCGCGCCCAUCUCCGUCUACCGAUCCCUUUCCCGAGCUCGAAAUGACUGUGUCGCCGCUCGUCAUGCCGCUGGACGCAGCCGGAAAGGCGGACACGAAAACCCUCCCACAGAUCAAAGAAGGAGAGGCCGAAAUAAUAGAGACGGUUCUGAAUACAAAGGAAAACAUUUCCUCGUCUGAAAGCACCUCGAAUCAAAAUAGUGAUGAGACUUCGACCUCGAACUCGUCGUCCCAACAAGAUCUUGCUCAGGCGUCUUUGGGUAAUGCAAACAAUGGGAUUGAUUCAACCAAAGCAUCGUCUCCGGCGAAGAGGGAUACCACCGGAACGGUCCGCAAGUUGUCCGCAUCGCAGAUACAGGCUCUAGCCUCUUCGCCAGAGUCAUUGCCUGUGGCCAUAGUACCGCCUCAGUCGCCAGCUGGUGCUCAAUACAAACCGAAUGGCAUGGAGUACCCUCUCUCUGCCGGAUUGGUAGAAUCCGCCUCUCGGCUCACGGCCAACGAGCAGGUCCAGAAUGGGGUUGGGCUUGGGAUUCAGCCCGCCGAGCAAGACGCGGCCAGAGCACAGAAUGGAAAUGACAAGACAUACUCGGAGCCUCUGAGAUCUCGCAACUUUUCCGAAGUGCCCGUCCUCAACCGAACGACUCCCGAGACUAGUCGGCCGCGGCCAGGUCCAAGGACUCUCUCUCAGCCACCCAUCACUCGCCGCCCGACUUUGGGAGCUGCGACUGCGACCUCACCGAAUAGCUCACGGAGAUUCUCGUUCAAUCCUGCUGCUCGCCCACCGCCGCUGAACUUGAGUAAUAACAGUAAUACGACGCCGGCUCCGAGACGUACUACGCCUGCUUCGCGUAGGCCAGACAAGACGCCCAGCGAAGAAAUCGGAAAUGGAGAGGCUCUGCAACCUGCGGCUCAUAUUCAGCCAGCGACUCAUGUACAGUCAGCUACCCAUAUUCAACCAGCAAUACCGCUGCCUCCCAUGUCCUUGCACACACAUCUCCAACUCGAGUUGGCAGGUGUCCGACCCAGUCCGCUGUACAUCUACCGCCACCAAACUUCCGAUAUUCCAUACGAAUCUAGCGCCGUCAAGUUCGAGCGUCUCUUGAACGCUCUUCUUGUUCCGCCCUAUUUGGAGUCGACCUUGAUGUUUGGCACGCUUGCUUGCUUGGAUGCAUUUCUCUACACAUUUACUCUGCUCCCUCUGCGUUUCUGUAUGGCCAUUUGGGUUCUCAUGAAAUGGUGGGGCUACAUGGUAUGGAAAGAAGUAAAGUGGCUCACAGGCUUUGUCUGGCAAGGCAUUUGGCGGCUGUGGAAGCGUGGCCGGAGAGGUCGAUCGACCACGCGACCUUCAGCAAGCAGGGCACAAAGCAGCCAAGCUACGGCAAGCGAGAAUGAGAGAAGUCAGAGUCGCGCAAGAGACACCGCGUAUGCGUCGGAUGCCACCACCGCUUCUCUUGACGCAGGGCGCCUGAAUGGCAACGCUGGGUUUCAUCCGCCCAAACAUGCCAUGCCAAGGCACAAGCCGAGCGGCUUCCGCCACCGGAGAACCAAGUCAAUGCCGUCUGAUCUUACACCUUACCACAAGGCCGACUUGCUCCAGGGUCUUGUCAUUGUGUGCAGCUCUCUGGCAUUGAUGACCAUUGAUGCCAGUCGAAUGUAUCACUUCAUUCGGGCUCAAUCUGCCAUGAAACUGUAUGUCAUCUUUAACCUCCUCGAGGUUGGAGACCGGUUGCUCGCAGCCAUUGGCCAAGAUAUCCUAGAAUGUCUGUUUAGCUCCGAAACAUUGUCGCGCAACAGCUUUGGCCGUUCCAAGGUUCUUCUUCCGCUGGGCAUGUUUGUCCUGUCUCUGAUCUACAACGUGGCACAUGCCGUCGUUUUGUUCUACCAGGUCAUCACUCUGAACGUGGCUGUCAAUUCUUACUCUAAUGCGUUGCUCACGCUGCUCAUGUCCAACCAGUUUGUCGAAAUCAAGGGAAGUGUUUUCAAGAAAAUCGAAAAGGAAAAUCUCUUCCAGCUGACUUGUUCUGAUGUUGUGGAGCGAUUCCAACUCUGGAUCAUCUUGAUUAUCAUUGGUCUUCGCAAUAUCGUAGAAGUUGGUGGCCUGUCCGUCCCCGGAGCAGGCAGCGAGAUCGACCCAUCCAUGUCAGGUCCAGGGCCUAUCCACACGGCCUCCAACUUGCCUGCGAGUUUUACUCUAUUGCCUUCUUGGAUGUUCUCGGGCGAAGUCUUGUCGCCUUUCCUUAUUGUAAUUGGUAGUGAGAUGCUGGUUGACUGGGCCAAGCAUGCCUACAUUAACAAGUUCAACAACGUCAAACCAACCAUAUACCGAAGAAUGCUUGACAUUUUUUGCAAGGAUUAUUAUACGAAUGCCUUUGGCGCACCUGCCCUCACGCGCAGGAUCGGUCUGCCUCUUCUCCCUUUGUCUUGCUUGUUCAUCAGAGCUUGCGUACAAAUAUAUCACAUGUUUCUCGCCACUCAUCUACCGCCGCCGAUGCCUACAGCGACUAUGGACUUAUCCCUCGAGUCAUCAGUACCCUCCUCGGCUGCUAUGCUGGCUGCCCUGGACCGGCUUGAUAAUCUGCUGCGGAAUGCUUUGGGGCGGGCCGUCUACGGCGAUCCAUUUACCCAGCAAGAGGGCCAUUCAUCCUGGUCAUUCAGCUCCGAUGAUGCCGUGGCCCUGAUCACAAUGUUGACAUUUUUCCUCCUCGCCUGGCUUAUUCUUCUCCUCGUCAAGCUCAUCCUCGGCAUGGUUCUUCUCAAGUAUGCUCGGGAGCGCUAUGCUGCUGUCCAAGCUCAAGAACAAGCGAUUGCCAAUGGUGACCACAAACGUGAGAGUUUCUUUCAACCCGGAAAACGCGUCGGAGGCUGGGGUCAGGUGGAGGUCGGCGACGAGAGGCGGAAACUGAUUUAUGCUGAUGAUCCGGAUGGUCUCAGGCGAAUGAGGGAUCGUGAGAAGAAAGGCGAGCAAGCCGGCAAGAAGAUGGAGAUAGGCGAUGAUGGCCUGGAAAAGGUUACGCGGUAUGAGAUGAUCGCCAAGAGGAUCUGGUAA